AGACGAGAAGGUCUUUGCGGGAUUGAAUUAAUUGAGUUUCUUCGCAGUGUGUAUACGCUUUACAUGGAUUGGCGUCGAAUCGAUUCGAGCGCUGCCUGUUCCAUGUGGCGGUUCCUUUAAAUCUUGACGUUCCAGUUGGCCGGCCUUCGUCUCCGGCUAAAAUAAUUCUCACCGGCAGUUAUAUAUAUUAAUGAUUCUCUACGGCACCUAAGACUUAAUCUAUAGGUUGACCUAUGGAGUCUUGUUGUAGUCUGGCCGUUUAUUUAAGAAGCCAGCAGGGCCCGAUGCAGAAUGUAUCGUCACGCUCACUUUAGAACCUCACGCAACGGACUUCACUAUGUUUUGGAGCUCUCUCGUCGUUGGCGCCCUUUUGGGACAGCGCGCAUCUGCGCAAAAUAUGCUUCGUUUUGGUUGCUCGCAGCUCACUAUCGAACGCGCUGACCCUCUAGUCUCUCCUGGUCAAAAUCCCGCCCCCCACACACAUCAGAUCAUCGGAGGGAACUCGUUCAAUCUUACGAUGACCCCAGCUGAAUAUGAUCCGCCCAGCUUGUCCACUUGCACAACUUGCACCUACUCGGAAGACUUCAGCAACUACUGGACCGCAUCGCUAUACUUCAGGUCCCCUGAGAACGGCACCUUUCAGCGCGUCCCUCAAUUCGCCAAUUUCGGUCUCCAGCAGGAUGGAGGAAUGACGGUGUACUACAUGCCGUACAGCGCCAAAAACGGUAAGAUGACGGCCUUCAAGCCCGGGUUCCGAAUGAUCGCAGGAGACCCUACGAACAAGCAAAACGUGUACAAGCCCUCGAUCUGCCACCGCUGCCUCGGAAACGGCGAGGGCUUCGCUCCCUGCGAUGCCAAAGACACCGGCGAGCUCCCGACCAAGUACUGUCCUGGCGGUAUCCGCGCCACGAUCAUCUUCCCGUCCUGCUGGGAUGGAAAGAACCUCGAUUCGCCGGACCACAAGACCCACGUUGCCUACUCCAACGGCGGUGGUCUUGGUAGCCCGAACUGCCCUGCUACUCACCCCGUUGCUAUUCCGCAGGUCAUGUACGAGGUCAUGUGGGACACCGGAAUCUACAAGAACACGGCCUGGUACGGCAAUGGCAAGCAGCCCUUCGUCUACAGCUUCGGUGACUCCACUGGAUAUGGCCAGCACGGCGAUUACCUCUUUGGAUGGAAGGACGACUCUCUGCAAAAGGCCAUGGACGCUUUACCUACCGGUAGAUGCGCCAACGCCAACUGCGGCGUUCUUAAGAUCCAGUCCGCUGCGGAUGCUAUGAAGUGCAAGAAGGCGCAGCAGGUUGUUGAGGAUGUUGGAGGCGCGGGACAGUGGAUCACUGAGCUUCCGGGUGGUGUGUCGGUCUUUUAAUUUUAGGUAUAAUAGACUAGUGUUGUAUUUUGAAGCGCCGAAAUUCCCUAAAAAAAACUCAAAAUAAUGAGAUGGAAUCGCCUGUGGUUUGUGGUCUAUUAGCUGUUAUCUCCGCUGAUAACCCCCGUAUUCUUCAGGUCGUUUAGGGUGUGUGACGAACCUAUGCCGGUACUCUCACAGGGGUAGCCUAUAUGCCGAAUAUUAGCGCGUCUAAGUAUAGUGCA